CGCUAAUCUGGGUCACAAGGUCGCCUUCAACCUGUCAUUAUUUAUUUUUCUACUAAAGGACACUUUUUAACCUGAUCAAGUUCGCCAACUGCCCAGCGGAACCCUUUCUGGACCUUCCGACGGGCCCUUAGUCCCGAUGACGUCCCCCUCGCCCGGAGGUCCACUUUGACGCGAAGCAUGUAAAUCCACCUGGCAGUAAAUCCUCUAAAGCGGAUCAGGUCCAGGACGCCUGGGGGAUCAUAAUUAUGGUUGCGAGGUCGUGUGCGGCUCGAUGCGAAGAACUGGACUUGACCUGAACGAUUCUGGGGGGAUCUUCUGGAGGCUCCUGGAGGACCAUGACCCACGCAGGGGACGUCCAGGUGGCAGGUGGGGUACAUGGUGGUGACUCUCUCGCAUCCUAACAAGCAGAAUGAAUCCCUAUGGCUCCGCCCUCAAUCGCAGUCAAUCGCUGGCGAGCGGCCUGGAGAAGUGGACCAAAGCGCCGCACUCGCGCAGCAGCAGCACGCUGUCCUCGCGGCACUCCCGACAGGUGAUCAAAGAUUGGGAAGUGAUCGAUGACGCCCAGCUGGAAGUCACCGCUGCCGGAGAACUCAGCGCUCCUGGAAUGUGUGAAGGUUACCUGCUCAAGAGGAGGAAGUGGCCGCUCAAAGGAUGGCACAAGCGAUACUUUGUCCUGGAGGGAGGGAUCUUGAGGUACUGCAGAAACCAACAAGAUGUAUCCAUAGGACGAGUGCAGGGUUCUGUGGACAUUAGCAAUGCCGUCAUGUCCAUCAACAAGAAGUCCAACCGUAUCGACUUGGACGCGGGGGACAUUCUGUAUCACAUGAAGGCCAAGAGCCACGAGCUCUUCUACAUCUGGGUGACCAAGCUGCAAGCUCACCGCUCCUACAGGAAGAGCGAGGCGGCCGUUCUUCCUAACGGACACCUGGCGAGCGUGUCAGCUGACAGCAGCCGGUCUAGGUGCUUCUCCAGCGAGCUCCUCCUCCUACCUGUGCAGAGCGCGGUGGGCGUGGCCUCUGUAGCCCCGCCCUCCGCCAACAACAAGGUGUCAGCGUGGCUGCAGCAGAGUCACCCUCCUGACACCUGUGCUCAAGAGCUCAACCGCUGUCAUUUGGACCUUUCAGAACUCAACCGUCUGAUUCAGAGGCUGCAGCUGCUGGAGGCGGGGCCAGCGUUGACUAACGGCGAGCUCCAGCGCAUCAUCAGCACACAGAACCUUUCCCUGGAGAAGCCCAAGAAGCCAAAACCCGGACGAGUGCAGGGUCACUCUCGUACUCUGUCCAGGGUGGAAGCGCUAGGACUGCCUGUUCGCAGGAUGACCAAAUCGUUGUCCUCCAGCCCUUUGACUAGCUCCUCCCACUUCGGCGCCUCCGUCCCCUCCAUCCCGGACUACGUCUACUCCCAGCUGUCCCCGUCCACGUCCACGUCGGCCGAAGGCAAGAAGAUCCAGCAGGACAUCUGCGCCGUGUCGCUACGAGUUCUCACCUCCCUGCAGUCCGUCCACCACACGCUCUGUCGGGAGACUCACAAGCUGCAAGAAGUCUGGGAGGACAACCACGAGGCGGCGGCGGCGAGGCGUCUGUCCCAAAGGCCCGCCUCUGUGGCCGAGUCGGCCACCGAGUUUUUUGACGCCAGCGACGACAUCCUCUUUGGGAGCUCCUCUGACGUGUCCGAGGAAUCUGGACUGAGCGACGGAAGCACGUCCAACUCGGAGCCUGAAGAAGGCCACGAAUCGGUCACCCGGAAGUACCGAGCCAGCAUUUCCAGGACCCCUCACAGCGUGGCCCCCAGGAGCAGCGGACGCCGGACCACGCUUCCCGCUGCGUGUCCAGACAACAGUCACGUGGGCCUGAUGGCCAUCCUCUACAACAACAUCGGCAAAGACUUGGCCCGCGUGUCCAUGCCCGCCGCCCUCAACGAGCCCGUCAACCUGCUGCAGAGACUCUGCGAGGAGCUGGAGUACAGUCAGCUGCUGGACACCGCCAGCAACACCCCGGACCCGUUCCAGAGGAUGGUGUACAUCGCCGCCUUCGCCAUCUCAGGUUACUCCACCGCCGCCUUCCGGAGUCGCUACAAGCCCUUCAACCCGGUCCUGGGAGAAACCUACGAGUGUGUGAGAGAGGACCGCGGCUUUUGCUUCGUCAGCGAGCAGGUGUGUCACCAUCCUCCCAUCUCAGCCUGCCAUGCAGACUCAGACAACUUCUCCUUCUGGCAAGACCAGAGGUGGAAGAACAAGUUCUGGGGCAAGUCGCUGGAGAUCGUGCCGACCGGAAUGGUGAACGUCACGCUGCCCAGGUACAGAGACCACUACGAGUGGAACAAAGUGGUGACCUGCAUCCACAACGUGCUGAGUCAGCAGCGCUACCUGGAACAUUACGGCGAAGUCACCAUCCGCAACCUGAAGAGCAACGCGUGCACCUGCAAGAUCACCUUCGUGAAGUCUCGCUACUGGGGUUCCGAGGCCAACAAGAACGAGGUCCAGGGCACGGUGCUGGACCAGAGUGGCAGUGUCGUUCACCGCUUUGGAGGUCUGUGGCAUGAAGGCAUCUUCUGUGACACGCUGCCCACGCCCAAGUGCGUCUGGAAGCCAAACCCACAGCCCAAAGACCACCUGCUCUACUACGGCUUCUCCUCCUUCGCCAUGGAACUCAACGAGCUCACGCCAGACCUCAGGCCUCUGCUGCCCCCUACAGACACCAGGCUGCGGCCCGACCAACGGUUGCUGGAGGAAGGACAAGUGGACGAGACGGACAGAAAGAAAGACGAGAUCGAGGAGCGCCAGCGGGAGAUGAGGAAAGAGCUCGGCAAAAAAGGGGAGGAGCAUGUUCCCGCUUUCUUCAAAAAAGCCAAAGAUUGUUGCGGCCGUGACGUGUGGUUGACAAAGGAAAUGUACUGGAAGCUCCGAAAGGACCCGGGCUUUGCCAACAUGGCCAGUAUAACUUUAUGGUGACACACACACACACACACACACACACACACACACACACACACACACACACACACACACACACACACACACACACACACACAUCUUGUUUGGCUGUGAGGACCUUCGCACGCCACUGAGGAGCUAAAACAGCAAACGCUGCCUUGACUUUUGUGACGUGGAGAGCGAGGAUGGUUCUGAUCCGUGACUGGCUCAUGGGCACCAUCAGCUUUUUUCAACAACACAUAAUUGUUAGAAAUGUAUCUUCUCUAUUAAAACAUUCAAUCACUCACGUUUGGUUUGAAACCACAUUUGUGACAAACAGAUCUUUAUUGGAAUAGAAAA